CCCUCCAAAAGAAAAUCUGUUGCCGUUCCCCCAGCUGCAGGUGUUUGUUUUCUCGGCUACUCUUUCAGUGAGCUCUUAAGUCUGCAAUUAGAGAGCCGAACCCUUGUGUUGUCUAAUGCUGUGCAUGAAUGGUGCGCUUUCUCUCUCAAGAAAGCGUUCGUUCUUUCAGGUCGAUGAAGCCGAUUACCCAACAUUACACCGUCAAGUUCCUCAAACAAGCCCAUUUACUCCCAGUCCAAACGAGCUUAAUGAGCUGCACUUGAAUGCUAAUUGCGUGUAACUUUGUUUGCUGCUAACUAAAACGCAAUUAAAUGUAAUUCGAGCGGAGUGGCUGUAAUCAAAGAUGAGCAGCGAAUCCGGUGGGUUCAGUUGAGACGUCGAGCGGUCGGGUAAUUGUUUUCUGGGCGCAGGGACAGGUGUGCUUGUGUAAGGCUAGUGAAAAUGCAAGCCAGGAAUGUCAGUGUUUCUUAGCAUGAGGGGGCGUGGUGCACUGAAUGUCAUCAAGCCGGAGGUGGUGCGAACCUCAACGUGAAAUAUGACGAUAUUGGAAAAGCAUCUUCAGAGAUGAAUGCUUAUUGCACGGUUUCUGGAAUGCCCGUGUGCAUUUUUGGCAGUAAGAACCAGCAGGCCGUAGCUCUUUGUGAUGAAUAUCUUUAGCGUAAUUGUUUAGCUAGAUGUCAACGGGCACAUUUUUCCGGGCGCUUUGUUAUUGGGGCUCAUAUUUCCUCUAACUUUGGUCUUGAUUUAUUUCCGAAACUUUGUAAGAAUGAAGUAGCAAGUUCCCUCUUCUCCAUAAAUCCCAUAUCAUUGCUUUCCAACACUGAACAUUUUAUCGCCAUUUCAGGCGAGCAGUGUUGUGCAGGGUAGCUCUGAAUUGAGAUUGUGCUCUGUGUCUGCUCUGUCAGAUAUCAAGGUGACACCACAGAUGUUCGAUGAACAAACCAGAUGGCCUGCUCCUGCGGCCCUUCUGUCCUCUUUCUUAUUCAAGGACGUUUCCAGCUGUCCGUGUUGCUAUGCUGGCUGUGGAUUCCGCCUUCAGCCAUGCCCCGGAAUAUGAAUUUUCAUAACAAGCCAGCAAAUCGCAAUACUUUGAUUCAGGAGUAACAGAGGUUAAGGAUAUGCUUUUGAUUAUCUGGUUUGCACACGGUCAGUCUGGUGAUUUGUCAUGUUUGUUUGCUUCUUUUUUUUUUUUCCCUGUAUUUGUUGAAAGUAGAUGAUGCUUUUUGUUUUUUUGUUAUCCUGCGACAAGAAACAGAUUGUUCGGGAUGCACUCCAAACAAACUGACAAAAAAUUGGCGGUAGCUGCCUGUAGAAGAAUAGGCGCUCUUCCCAAUACAGAAAGCUGACUUUGGGAGCCAACGUCAGUGUUGAAACUGCAAUCGAGACUAGAAAAACUGGCACAAGUAAAAGAAAAAGGUGCUUUCCUCUCAAAACAGCCUUACAUGGGCCAUUCAGUUACCAAAAAAACGCCACCGCCUGUUUGUUUCAUAAAUAGCCACUUGCUCAGCGUGCUAUGUGCAGACACAUUUGACCCAGAAGCCCAGAUUCACAUUAAGCGUAUGAAUGUCCCACUACACAGACGAGCCGCGUUUCACCAUCGAGCAGAUUGACCUGCUGCAGAGGCUGCGGCACACGGGCAUGACCAAGCGGGAGAUCCUGCACGCGCUCGACACCCUGGAGCGGCUGGACCGCGAGCACGGGGAGAAGUUCGGCCACCGCGCCGCCUACGCGGCGGGCCCCAGGGCCCCCGGGGGCCCCGCCGCUGGCGGCGGCUCCGCCCCGGCCGCCCUGUCCUCCUCCAGCAGCAACGGCGCGCCGGCGGCCUCGUCCUCCACCGCCACGGCCACCGCCGCCACCCAGACGCAGUACCGGAGCAGCCUCUCCCCGUCGCCCACCAAUGGCUACGACGCCUCCCCGCCGGCCCCCGCCCCUUCCUCCGCCGCCGCCGCCGUCGUCGCCGCCCAGAACGGGCGCGACGCCCUGUCGGCCGUGCCCAACGGGAAGCUGUCCCCGCCCCGUUUCCCCGGCAGCAGCGGCGUCGGCGUCGGGCCCGUCGUCCCCGCCCGGGCCUACACCUACGACGUGGCGGACGAGGAGAUUGAGAUCGACGACAAGGUGGAGGAGCUCAUGAGGAGGGACAGCAACCUCAUCAAGGAGGAAAUCAAAGCCUUCCUGGCCAACCGCCGGAUCUCCCAGGCUGUGGUCGCCCAGGUCACAGGGAUCAGCCAGAGCCGGAUCUCCCACUGGCUUCUGCAGCAGGGCUCGGACCUCAGCGAGCAGAAGAAGAGGGCCUUCUUCCGCUGGUACCAGCUGGAGAAGACCUCGCCCGGCGCCACCCUGUCCAUGCGCCCUACCCCCUUGGCCCUGGAGGAGAUGGAGUGGAUGCAGACUCCGCCCCCUAUAAGCUCCGCCCCCGGGAGCUUCCGCCUGCGCAGAGGGAGCCGCUUCACCUGGAGGAAGGAGUGCCUCGCCGUGAUGGAGAGCUACUUCAAUGAGAACCAGUACCCGGACGAGGCCAAGAGAGAAGAGAUCGCCAAUGCCUGCAACGCGGUCAUACAGAAGCCAGGGAAGAAACUGACUGAGCUGGAGAGGGUGACUUCCCUGAAGGUCUACAAUUGGUUUGCAAACCGACGGAAGGAGAUCAAGAGGAGAGCGAAUAUCGAAGCAGCAAUCCUGGAGAGCCACGGGAUCGAUGUUCAGAGCCCAGGGGGCCACUCCAACAGCGACGACGUCGAUGGCAACGACUACUCCGAGCAGGCCUGCGAUGCUGUCUUUUUUGAAAAGAGGCCAUUCCCCCGACCCAGAUUUGACCUCUCCCCGCCCACACAGGUGCCCGUUUUGCCGCCCAGUUGGCUGGCGGCCAGGCCCAGCCUGGGCAGCGCGGGACCGCAGAGGGCCCCACCGGCUGGACGGCCGGGCGCGGGGCCGGGGAAGGCUGAGGGGGGCCCCAGACUGACCGCUGUCUCCUGGUCUCCCCCAUCCCUCCAGGACGACAGCAACAGCCACGGCGAGCACCAGGACCCCAUCACGCUCGCCGUGGAGAUGGCCGCCGUCAACCACUCCAUCCUGGCGCUGGCCCAGCAGGGCGGGGCCGGCGGCGAGAUCAAGACGGAGGUGCUGGACGACGACUGAGGAGGCGACCCGCGCGUGGGGGGGGGGGGGAGGAGGCGGUCAGGGAGCAGGAGCGCGGGGAGGGAAGGGCAGCGAAGCGAAGUGAGCGCGUGCGAUGGGGCCGCGUUCGCCGUGGGGCGGGAGGACUAAACGAUGACCAAAGCCGCGUGUGACACCGUGUGAGUUCCUGCUUCACGCCCAAAGCCACCCCCCACCUCAUGUUCUCGUGGUCAUGGCAACCCUGCCUGCUCCUUGAUUGGACUCCACACGUUCCUCUUCUAUAUAUCUACAGGUUAAGUGUGAGUACAGCAUAACCACGUACGCUUUUGCCCAUUAGAAAGUUCAUUUCAUAGGACCCCACUCGCCUCCCCUUGGCAUGGAUUCUGUUCACUUUCAGGGUGUUUUGUCUUUCCUUCACUGUAAAAAAAAAAAAAAAAAAAAAAUUCUGUCUUAAGUGUUUUAGUCUCGUAGUCUCGAGAUUUAAAAUCUUAUUUCUUUCUCUCAAGUGGAAAAUAUUAUCUUGUUUUAAGGUACUUUUUGCUUGGCAAGUGAAAUUGCCUGACCCCGUUGGCAAAUCUUAGAAUGAAUCAAACUGUCCCACUGCACUGGCAAUCGUUUUGUUUUGUUCAGUAAAAAAGCAAUAGAAAUAAGAUUUUAAGUGUAAAUCUAAGACUGAAAUGCUUAAGUUUAUCAUUAACCUUUUUUUUGUUUUCAAAGUGUUUUGUUUGAGCACCUGAUACAAUAACCACCUCCGGACGCCCGACCCCUCCCUCCCUUCCUCCGUCUCUCCGUCCCUCGUGAACGGGUGACCGAGGAAGACGGCGUCCCUCUCUUCCUUGGUUGCACUUCCGUACCUCCGUUUCCCACUCUAGUCCCCCCCCGUCCUACCUCCCGCGCGAUACGGUGUAGCGACUGGUGCCACGCCCCCCCACCGGCGCUACCUCGCGCACGAUGGUCCAGUAGAACAGGCGUCGCUUCUCCAAUUAGCUCACGUACGACGUAGCAGAAGAACGCAGGGUUGGAAGUCUCUAGCUUGUCUCAUUUCGGGAGGAGACCGGAGGUUGCUAGCGUAGCGCGUUUUAGAGAGACGCUGGAGGCCGUUAGCGUAGCAGAUUUUCUGAGCGAACGCAGAGCUUGCGCCACAGCGUGCGAGCCUUCGUUCCCGUGGUGAUUCAAGAAAAAAAAGGGACAUUAUAUAUUUUGGACAUUUUAUGUUUUGUUUUUUUUUUCUGAAUCAUUGCUCAAUCAAAUGAGGGUUUUUUUUUAUUUAAAAUUUAUGAAAUACAAAUGCUUCUGUGUGGAGAACGUGACUUUAAAAUCCCAAAGUGAUCAAAAGUGUGUUGAACUACAGGAGGAGGAUCUGUGUGUCAUAGACUAACUCAGUCCCAGGCGGCACGGUGCUCGGGUUGGCUGGGGGGUGAGAUGGCCGUGAUCCCCGUAGCUGCUUAGCUGGGGGGGGACACAUACACGCACCAGCCUCCCGACAGUCAUGCCAGCAGGGGGCGCCACCCCCAGCAAACACGCAGACAUGACAGAGCCCUGCACUUGUGAGUCGCAAAUGGAAAUACAUUUGACUGUUGCUUGAACCCAAAGUGAUUUUAAAGUGGAAUUAUUUAAGAACAUAGCAGAUGCUCCUGCUGUCCAGAAAUGCUUAUAAUACAUACUGUUGAAUACAUUGUUUUAUAUCUAAUUAAUUUACCAGACACUGUUAUCCAGAAAUACUUUUUUAAAAGUAUAUAAGUACAUUGAAAUUGGUUACUAAGAACACUACAGAAUAUUAUUAUGAACAUACAUUGUUAUAGAGGCAAAACUGCUACGGUCACUAGUCGUAGGGAUUAUUAAUGGGUCAGCCUUCCCUGAGACAUCAGGUGGGCUGGAAAUGCUAAUCAGUCCUUUGGUCUUAUAAGGGUUGUGUUGGAAUUGAUUGUGAUCGUCUGAGUUCCUUUUCUGCUGUUUGACUGUUAAAUACCGUAUGGCAAAACAUUCUGGAGUGUAUGCCUCCUGGUCAAUAUUGGUUAAUCUAAUGGUAUGAGUUUCAGAUGCUUCAUAACCACAGGCAAGACGUUUGUUGAAGGAAAUUCUGACUGACAUGUUGGAUAGUAGUAUCCAAUCCCAGGAGAACAACGCAUCAUUGUCUACUUUUUUUUCCCCCGUUCUUUGUCCCUGUUUAAAGAACGCAGAUUAUUAAUCGACUGGGCAUUAGGCACAUGAGGGGACAGACUGUAAUGAAGCAGGCGUGGU